UCUUCUUCACAGAAAGCAGCUGAUGGACGACCCUCAAAGAGGCUAAAAUGUGAAAAAAACAGUCCAGUAAAAUCAGAACUAGAAAGACUUACACGUGGAAGUGGAAACCUUGCUGCAUUGGGGGAAACAUCUAAAACAUCCGAUGGGGAUCAACCUUCAGAAGAUCGCGGAAUCUGCAAUAUAAUUCAACAGAAAAAAGGUGAAAGCAUUCCAGAGACUAAUGAAGACAAACAGGAAAAGGAGCACAGUGUUGCUCUCAAGACACAUGCAGUGAAAUCAAGCAGUGCUCCAUCAAAAACAGACAGUGAUGAAAAUCUGGACAAUCCUGGCUGCAGUGAAGAGGAGAGCAGCUGUGAGAGUGUACUUUCAGAUAGGUCUAGCUUGGAGGAUAGAGAUCGCCCAAAGAAGCCGCUACAGCUAGGCACUAGUGCUUUCUUGGAUGAAGACAGCAACCAGCCGAUGCCAGUGGACCGGUUCUUUGGAGAUGUCCAGUUUAUACAGGAUCUCCCAGCAGUUUCACUCCCAAGCACAACAAUGAGCAGGAGAGAAUUCCGAAAGCUACAUUUCAUUGCAAAGGAAGAGGAGGAGGAGGAGGAAGAGGAUGUCAUCUAA